CAACAAGUUAGGGGUUUGACUUUCAUUACACACAGUUAUGAUUAGUUUAUUCAUGUGCCAUCAUAUUUGGCAAUAACGUUUAAUAGUUGAUCAACGUAGUCGUCUGCUUGCAGUGUGGUCGGGAAGUGAAUGUUUAGCUGCGCGUUAACUUACACAUCAUUGUCUAUGGUCGCUAGGGAAUACCCCUCUUUUAGAAGAAGAGUCCCAGUGUUGUUGCUUGUAACAGAGUAUUGAACCAUGGAAUCUUACCGCCACUCUGGGAGUGGGUCGAGUGACUCGUCGUCACGUUAUCAGCAACUGCCCACGAGAUCUGAUCCUGUCCAACAUGCUGUUGCUAGUUCGUCUGGUGUCAUUCUGCCACCAGGGACAAGAAACCCUGGCUUGCUGUUGGCCGGGGCAAGAGGGAGUUCGAGUUCCUCCUCUGGUACUUCCAGCGAUUACUCAGAUAGCUGUUCCAGCUCGGAUUGCAGCUCCACUUCAUCGUGGAGUUCUGAGAGCAUCCCCGUGUGGGAGUCCCACAUUGACAAUCAGGGUGAGCUCUUUUAUGUAGAGUUCAGUAGCAACCUUCAAGUUCCCACCACAACAACAGACACAGCACCUAGGCAACCAUGUUCGGAAGACCGUCAAGAAGUUCUCAAAAAAAAGAAGAAAAAGAAGAAUCGCUUGAGUCGCCUGUUGAAAAGGAGGGCGGUCGGUAAUAACAGCAAUAAUAAAGAUGGAGUAUCCGGCAACGAAAUGGCUCAUUGUGAGAGUCCCGGAGUGUAUUUACCGACCGAAGCACACCGUUCGCCUGCAGAUGACUGGUCUGAUUGGACCUCAUUCACACUGGAACUCGAAGUUCAUCCCACCAGUGGAGCGGACGGGAGCUCGUUAAGUGGCAGCACGGGCAGAAGGAACAAGGGCCCUAAUCAUCUGUGCGAGACUUUACUGGGAUUCGUGCCAGGCGUUACACAAUCGGUCGACUGGCACGGUGAAGUCUCCCUAAGACAGCGAGUCAUUGUCGACAAACUGACCCCUGGAGGUCCACUUCAUCAAGGAUUCGCCCACGUCCAGCAAGGUGAUUGGCUAGAGAAGCUGAACGGCCAAAAUGUGACUCACCGAGACUUGAACGACAUUCUGAGUUCCAUCAAUUCCCGUGAAAUUGUGGAAUUGAAUUUCAGGCGAAGGCCAACAUCGAGCCACAGUCGAAACCAGGAGACGAACAGCAGCGGAGGAAGCGAAUUGUCUCCGCCUCACGGGAUUUUCUUGUUGAGUCAAGAGAAUGUGACUGAAGCGUCUGCCGAGACGGCAGAUAUUCUUUACCAGAGUACGACCAAUGCAACGAUGGCCAGCGGCGUGAUGAAUCCUUUACUCAAAUGGCGUGGUGCUCUUGUCACGUUGGCUCACUUGAUGCCUCAAUUAACAGGCUCUGCACCACCUUCUUGUUCAACCGUCAUACUGGAUGGUAUGGUCGUUCAUCUGGUUUACAUUGUCGAAGGGUCCGUUCUUUUCCUCAUCGGAGCUCCUUCCAUUUGGUGUAGUCACAUCGAACUGCAGAUGAUGGCCAAACAACUUGCCUCAUUAUUGCAGUUUCAGUAUGGAUCCAUCCGCAGAGCUUUGACAGAACCACGAUGGGCUGAUGAGAUCCGUCGUAUGGUUGACACGCUCUUUCAUUGGCUGCAGUUUGGCGAUGGUGGAGGCAAUAGGAGCGCCGGAAAUGGAUCUAGCGUUAGCCCCGGCGGCAGCGACAUGAGCCGGCCAUUCAAUCGACUCUCCAACUACUUCGUCACCUGCGGCCAGUGGCUCCCUUUACCCCCUGAAAGUCACCUGGACGUGACCCUGACUCUGAACCAAAUGGAAGCCAUCGAUUACGAAGACUGGGAUGAAGAGGCAAUCACCAUUCAGCGAUGCGCUACGAUAACUGGAUCGGCCGUGUAUUGUCAGGGCUAUCUGGUGGCUUCGACAAUGGCAGGAAAGCGACUGGAAGAAAUCGGCACGUUUCUCAAGUGGAACCAAAUAUUGGAAAUGAGCCAUAGACGUCGCUUAUCCAGUCUUAUCAUCUGGCGUGAAGUAUUCCUCGCCGAUUGUGAUGGCAAUCGAUCCUUCCUCGUAGUCGUAGGAUCGGGUCAUAUUCUCUUAGUGGCUCAAUUGGAAUCUGGAGGAGUUAGUCAAUCAUGGGAUAAUUAUCCUGAUACAUUUCUCAUUGAAGAGAUGCAGUUUUUCUUGGAGGAACUGCAAUACCUUGACCUGGAAACAUCCUGCAAUCAAGUAUUAAACGGACCGCAAAAUCCCGCACUCGUCACGAAUCUCAGCCAAAUUGCAGAAAGCACGAGUCCGAUAUCAUCGUCACCCGAAUCAGACAUGCCCACAUUUAGGUACUUGCGUUGUUUAAUAUCGCGUUCGACACCAAGUUGGAGGCUAAGCAGUAUUACUCCAGGGUCGAGACCUACCAUGAUCAAUUACCUGUCGCUGGAUUUCGGUACAGGUGUAUUUAUUGCUCCAACUCUACUCAAUGCAGCCACAAAGUUUACUGAACAAUUUCAAAAGACUGCCUUGACAAUUCACAAUUUAUUUCAGCGAACUCUGAAAGCCAAAGUGGAUUUGCAAAGACCAGAUUGGGGUGGGCCUUGGUCUGAUAAGAGUUUAGUAGCUCUUCAGGAAGUAUCUGUUGUAUUUACUGUCGCUGAAUCUCCGCCGACUCCAAGCAGUGGAACGAAAUCGACUUCAGCCAGCGAAUGCUUUUGGGUGACAGGGAGGUUGUUUCUAUCCCCUGUACAUCGUGAGCUCUAUGUUUGCCAUCAGGAUGGUGUUGCACAAGAUAUUUUGGAUCUUGCCUUUCAUUUAGCAUUUGGAGCCGUCCUCUGAA